AAUUUCCAUCUUAUCUGCUAAGGACACACUCUGCUCUUAUCAUUCAAACGUACUUUAACAAUACAAGUCAAUACAAGCAGAGGGACAUUCUCUGCCAGAGUGACUAGUGGGACUGGCAAGUCUGCAUCAUACAAGGAAUGAAUAUGGAACGUUGGCCUGUCCUGCUAACAUUGCUGCUCUCUGUGUUCCCGGGGACUUCCAGUUGUCCUUCUUCAUGUCGCUGUGGAUCUGGAAUUGUAGAUUGUAGCCAAAGGGGUCUCAGCACAAAGUCAUUGCCUGCUUCCUUCCCUUCAUUCACAGAAGUGGUUCACCUGAACCAGAACAACUUAGCAUAUAUCCCUAAUGGACUCCUGGACCGCCUUCCACAACUCAGACAGGUUAACUUGCAGCAGAACCCGUGGCACUGUGACUGUGACAUUCUUUAUCUGCGUGGCUGGCUGCAAGGGCAGCAGAACAAACCUCUAUACCGUGAUAUCACCUGUGCAUCCCCAGAGCCACUCAAGGGAAGGGUCAUCAUGUACUUGACAGAGGAAGAGCUUGUAACCACCUGUCAGUACUGGUACUGCAAUCUGGCACUGGUCUCCCAAAUCUGCCUAUUUCUUCUAAUUACCAUACAGGGCAUACUGCUCAUUUUUAUAAUUCUCUCCCUCCGCCGCUUCCAGACCAUUGCCAGGGAAGCACGGCGUACUGCCAAGGAACUGCAAUACAAUUCAGAAUCCUAUGUGUAUGAUAAUGUGCCACUGCAUAACUAUGAGAGGACAUAAUGUGAUACUGUAUGACUUGUAUAACCACACACAGAUAUAUAUACUGUAUACAGACUUUUCAUAGGUGUGAUAAUCAAGAAAUAUAAUAUAAAAUACAGUUUUAAGUGCUAGGAACACCAGGAAAUAAAAUGACCCCCAUAUA